AGGCCACACAAUUCAAGAUUUAAUUUUAAUCAUAGAGUUUGACUAUUUUGAUAGAUUGUCAGUUCUGUAAAAUUGUCAGUCGAUAUGACAUUGUCAUUCAAACUUGUUACUGGAACAGCUGACUAACCUUAAUUUUUAAAGCUCGAUGUAAAUGGAUUUUAAAUAAAAAUGCUGCUGCGUAAACUUAAUAAAUUACAAAAAACCAUCCGAUAUAAUUGGAAAAAAUCCGUCUUGGGAGCCGUAGCAUUAUACUAUGGAGCUACGGUAGUAAAAGAAAAAUAUGAAAUUAACUUACUGAUGCGAGCAGCUUGUGAAGAGGCUGCAAAGUAUGGAGACAGAAUGAUUGCUAUAGAUGACAAUCCGAUGCUCGUCACUGUCGUUCUGAACCCUGUUGCUAACAAGCGGAGAGCCAAGCAAGACUUUGAGAAGUAUUGCGAGCCACUCCUGCACUUGGCAGGGAUGCAGGUGGAUGUUGUACAGACUUCCAGUGAGGGGAACGCGAAGGAGCUGGUCGAAACACUGAAGGGAACCCAGGCUAUUGUGAUUGCAGGAGGAGACGGAACAUUGUCUGAAUGCAUUACAGGACUUCUGCGCAGACAUGAUGAUGCAAACCGCUUCCCUAUUGGUAUUCUUCCACUUGGAAGAACAAAUACGAUUGGCAACACCCUCUUUUCGAAAGGGGAAGGUGUUCUUCGGGUGAAACAACUCAUUGAAGCUUCCAUGGCUAUAAUAAAGGGUAACACUAUGUGGAAAGAUGCCAUGAAAAUAGAACCCAUUGAAGAGGAAGAUGCAGUAUUUGGGAAGCCAAUAUUUGCAUUGUGCUCGCUUGAGUGGGGAGCUUUCAGAGAUGUUUUGUCUAAGCAACACAAGUACUGGCUGUAUGGGUCACUAAGGGAAUAUGCUUCAUAUAUCUUCAAUGGAUACAGACAAUCCCUCAACUGGCAUUGCAAAGGUGUAAUAAAAUACAGUCCGCCCUGCGACGGAUGCAGCAAUUGUGUCAUGAAGCGGCCCCAAGUCAAAAGGAAAUGGGCUUUCUUCUUGCCCUCUACCACUUUAGCUGAAGACAAUAGUCCUGCGAAUUUAGUCAACAAUAAAUGUGACUCUACUGAAGAAAUUUGCUUCCAGACAAGUGAUUUCAGGAUUGUGACUCCCAACUUACAGAAUACACAAUCAACACCAGCUCUAAGUGUCGGUAUUGGGAAAUAUAACUAUAAAUAUAUGGAGUUUGUGUCCGAGGGAUGGGACCGAGUUCGGGACAAGAGUAUAAAGAAUGCUAUCCUUGCUCGAAGUGUGAUGCUGUAUCCCAAAGAACACUUUGGCGCCACAACUAUUGACAUUGACAGAGAAGAGUAUGAGGCCAAGCCUAUAAAAAUCACACUAUUGCCUAAAGUUGUAAAAUUAUUCUGUAAUAGCUAUGAGAAGUAAAUAUGUACUUGUUGGUAAAGUGUUAAAAAGCUCUGAUUGAGUUUGUUAUUUCUUGUUUUCUAUGUUCAUGAUGGUCCUAAGAAGCAUAGACAUCAUUUCAAAGGUGAUGACA